AUGUCAUCAUCUUCAUCAUCCGAUUCGACGGCUGUAGAGGAGGCUACGUUUAUCGGUUCCGUCAUGGCGAAAACGGUUGCAUACUAUCAAAAUCGACUAGGCGAAACAUCAUGUGCACGAUCUAACCUAAGAAAGUCGCCGUUGCGUAGAAAUCACGAAGCCAAACAUGAUCUCCUUAUAGAAGAUUAUUUUGUAGAUGACGCCAUCCAUGUUGUAAAGUUUCGACGUCGGUUUCGGAUGAGGAAGGAACUAUUCUUACGUAUUGUUGGCGAUUUGGAAGGCCACUUUCCAUAUUUCCAAUGGAAAAUGGAUGCAAUGCGGAAAAAAGGCAAGCAUGGAUUCCUUGGAAUGCUAGGUAGUAUCGAUUGCAUGCAUUGGAGUUGGUCAUUAUGCCCCAACGCAUGGCGUGGUCAGUACAUGCGAGGCGACCACAAAGAGCCGGCGAUCAUUCUAGAGGCUAUCGCAUCACAUGAUCUUUGGAUAUGGCAUGCAUUCUUUGGUCCAGCUGGUGCAAACAAUGACAUCAAUGUGCUAAACCAAUCGCCGGUAUUCAACGAUAUCUACCUUGGAAAGUCGCACGAUGUACCUUUUAAAGCAAAUGGGGUAGCAUAUAAGCGUGGAUACUAUCUUACUGAUGGUAUAUAUCCUCCCUUGUCUGUUUUUGUGAAAUCGUUUACAUGUCCUAACGACCCGAAAAGGAAAAAGUUUAAAGAGGCGCAACAGUCAGCUAGGAAGGAUGUGGAGCAAACAUUUGGUGUACUUAAAAGACGUUCGCAAGUACUAACGGUCGGGGCAAGGUCAUAUGAGGUGAAAAGGUUACAACACGUAAUGUAUGCAUGUAUCAUAUUGCAUAAUAUGAUUCUUGAAGACGAAGGAAGAGCGAUAUGCCGAUACAACGAAAAUGAAGUUUUGCCAAAUGUCGAAGGAGUAGUCGUUGACGAAGAUUCUGAUAUGUUCGUCGAGAGUGAAGAUUCCGACGACGAGAGUAACGCUGGGGAGAAUGAUACAGACGAUCAAGGCGAUGAAGAGGACGAUGAGGGCAAUGACGAAGACGAUGAUUCCGUUUAA